AUGCGAAGUCUUCAAGCUUGCAGAAGUAAGCCAGGAGUUCAAAUAUUGGGGUAUACAAGGGUCACACAGUAUAGCCGCGAUAUGUAUAUUGUGUUGUGUAGAGGGUUACAUUACAUUGGGUUUGUCCUUAAGAAGACAGAGAACCUCUCAGAAUGGCCAAGGAAAGUGGAUACACUGACAAGCUCACCGGCAGUUCACCCUUGCAUACUGAGUGGUUGCGGGUUGACCAAAACCGCCUCCGGCACCGCCUCCAAAGCCGCUUCCUCCGAAACCGCCAGCUCCUCCGGCACCGCCUCCAAAGCCGCUUCCUCCGAAACCGCCAGCUCCCCUGGAACCGCCUCCGAAACCGCUUGCUCCUCCGGCACCACCAGCUCCUCCGAAACCGCCAGCUCCUCCGGCACCGCCUCCAAAGCCGCUUCCUCCAAAACCGCCAGCUCCCCUGGAACCGCCUCCGAAACCGCCAGCUCCUCCGGCACCACCUCCGAAACCGCUAGCUCCCCUGGAACCGCCUCCGAAACCGCCAGCUCCUCCGGCACCGCCUCCGAAACCGCUAGCUCCCCUGGAACCGCCUCCGAAACCGCCAGCUCCUCCGGCACCGCCUCCGAAACCGCUUGCUCCUCCGGCACCACCUCCGAAACCGCUAGCUCCCCUGGAACCGCCUCCGAAACCGCUUGCUCCUCCGGCACUGCCAGCUCCUCCGAAACCGGCAGCUCCUCCGGCACCGCCUCCGAAACCACUAGCGCCUCCGGCACCACCUCCGAAACCGCUAGCUCCCCUGGAACCGCCUCCGAAACCGCUAGCUCCGGCACCGCCAGCUCCUCCAAAACCGCCAGCUCCUCCGGCACCGCCUCCGAAGCCACUAGCUCCUCCGGCACCGCCUCCGAAUCCGCUAGCUCCGGCACCGCCUCCGAAACCGCUAGCUCCUCCGGCACCGCUUCCGAAACCGCCUCCGAAACCGCCAGCUCCUCCAGCACCGCCUCCGAAACCGCUAGCUCCUCCGGCACCGCCAGAAAAGCUGCCUCGGCUAGAAGAAGUCCCAGCCGCAACCAGCUGGGCCUUCACCACCGACGCGCCUCCGCUUCGGGUUCUGCCUCCGCGCCCAUAACCACCUCCUCCGCCCGCAGUCACAGCGCACAGCAGCGACAGAACCACCGCCGCUUUUAA